AUGACACCAAGAGGUUCACCGGAAAACACAACAAAGCAUAUCUCACAUUUGAGCCCGGUUACCGAACCUUCCAACGAGGAUAUCUGGGUGUAUAACUCGCAUUACUCGCCAAAGAAUUCAUUCAUCUAUCUUUUUUCGAAUACUAGUGGUAAUAAUAAAGAAUAUAAACCACACUGGAUUUACCCUUUUUGUUUUCCAUUGUCUGAUGAUCUUCCUGCGUUAAUGGAACUAACGGAACAGUGA